CUGCCUCCAUUUCUCAUUCUUUCUCAUUCCACUAAAUGGCGAGCAGCGAUCCGGAACGCAGAGAAGAUGAAGAUGCCGCCGCCGCCGCCGAGGACGAAGACACCGGGGCACAGGUCGCUCCGAUCGUUAAGCUCGAAGAGGUUGCCGUCACCACCGGCGAGGAGGAUGAAGACGCCAUUCUCGAUCUGAAAGCGAAGCUUUACAGAUUCGACAAGGAUGGGAAUCAAUGGAAGGAGAGAGGUGCUGGUAGUGUGAAGCUUUUGAAGCACAAAGAAUCUGGCAAGGUCAGGCUCGUUAUGCGACAAUCGAAGACUCUCAAGAUCUGUGCGAAUCAUCUAGUUCUACCGACUAUGUCAGUUCAGGAGCAUGCUGGUAACGAUAAGUCCUGUGUCUGGCAUGCCACUGAUUUUGCUGAUGGAGAAUUGAAGGAUGAGCUUUUCUGUAUAAGAUUUGCAUCAGUUGAAAAUUGCAAAAGCUUCAUGGAAAAGGUUCAAGAGGUUGCUGAAUCCCAACAGAAGAAAGAGGAAAACAAAGAUGCAUCUGCAGCUGCUGGGCUUCUUGAGAAGUUGAGUGUCGAAGAAAAGGAAACUGAGGACAAAGCGGAAGAAGAAAAGCCUGUUGCAGCCAAGGAGGAGAAGGAAACUGAAAGUGAGCAAGGAAAGACAGAUGCUGAAAAGAAAGUGGAGGAACCUUCUUCCUCAACUUAAAUGGAGAUGGGUUUGCUCUAUACCAUAUACCUGGCAAUAUGAUGUGGUUAGUUGUCUGACCUCUCUUGCUGCCCAUGUCAUGGUAUAUUCAGAUGGGUGGAAUUCAACAGCUUGUGCUUUAUGGGCUUACAUCAGUUUGGGUCUAGCGUUUCUUCGGUUGGGAGUCUUGUCAACAUUUGGUCAAUCUUUGGGUCCUGUUUGCAUGUCAAAGGGUCUGUCAUUUUAAUUCGGGUUUCUGUCAGAGGGUAUGGCUAGGGUUUUUCAAUCCAACUUGUUUACUUUGUGUAAGUUGCUGCUUGGUAUGCUCCUAAGGAUGCUGCUUGAAAACAUCAUCUUAUAAAAAGAGUCAGUUUUUGUGGUGCUCGAAAACUAUCAUCUUAUAAGGAGUUUUGUUGGAACAUGUUUUCUUGAUUUGUGCAA